CUACAAAUCACGCAAAGAAUCCUGUCGCUCCACCCAGAUCUUGUGAACAUGACGGAUGAAGACCAUUACACCCCGCUGCACAGAGCCUCGUACAACGGCCACCUGGCGAUAGUGCGGGAGCUGAACGAAGGGGCGGAUGUUCACGCGGUGACGGUAGAUGGGUGGACCCCGCUGCACAGCGCCUGCAAGUGGAAUAACACCGCGGUCGCCUCCUUCCUGCUCCAGCACGGCGCAGACAUCAACCCGCAGACUAAGGGCUCCCUAACACCGCUGCACCUGCCCGCCGCCAACAGGGACUGCUGCCGGCUCCUAGAGCUCCUCCUCAUGAAUCGCUACAUCAAACCCCAACUGACCAAUAAGUUGGGGGAGACUGCUUAUGAGAUUGCCUGGUGCACCGACAUGUACCACUACCUGUUUGAAAUAGCAGAUUAUUGGACCUAG